AUGAGCAUGUGGCAUAUUAGAUCAAUACCUUAACCUUAGCCUUGGGGUACACGCGGAGUCCAAUAAGAUGAAGCGAUCCUAUCUACCAAUCGAAACGCUGCCGUCGUGGGUCAAGCUCAACGGGGUCCGGAUCGAGAGUGUGGCCUUCGCUCAUCUGACUUCCGGGGUGGAUGACGAUGUCGACAACAGCAGCAAGGGUUCGGCGAUCGUCGCGACCGAGGACCGGGUUGGUGGCGAGUCGGCGCUCGGCGCGGUCGACACGGGGGUUCUCUUGACAGUGCCCCCGGAAUUGAUCCUGUCGUUGGAUACGGUGCAUGCGUAUGCUAAGUCGGAUCGGCAUCUGCGCGAGGUGUUGGAGGCUGUUGGGGAGUUUGGGCGGACCCCCCGCGGCGCGAUCCUGAUCUUCCUGCUCAUCCAGCUCACGCACUCCAGCCCUGACUUCGCGAGCGAGGUUGGCGUAUCCGGUCCCUGGACCGAGUACAUGAAGUACAUGCCCGCGGAGAUCCCGCUACCCACGUUCUACUCGGACGCGGAAAUGGAGCUCCUGCGCGGCACGUCGCUGCGUCUGGCGGUGCACUCCAAGCUGGCGGCGCUGGAGAAGGAGUUCACGCUUUUGCGCGAAAAGACAGAGGAGUUACUCCCCUGGUGUCGCAAGCUCUGGUGGGACGACGAGACCGGGAAAGCGACGUUCGACGACUGGAAAUACGUCGACGCGCUGUAUCGCUCGCGCAUGGUUGAUCUGCCGACGAGCGGGCAUGCCAUGGUGCCGUGCAUUGAUAUGGCGAAUCACAGCUCGGAGGCGUCGGUCAAGGCGCUGUAUGAUGAGGAUGCGGAGGGGAAUGUCGUGCUGCAGCUUCGGUAUGGGAAGACUGUGCGUGCUGGGGACGAGGUGACGAUUUCUUACGGUGACGAGAAAUCAGCCUCGGAGAUGAUUUUCUCGUACGGCUUUCUGGAUCGGGAUACCACCGAUGCGAAGCAGAUAUUCCUCGACUUGGAUAUCCCGGAUGAUGAUCCCUUGAAGGUUGUCAAGAAGGCCUUCUGUAAGGAAUCCCCGGGUGUCCGGGUGUAUACUUCCGCGGAAACGGCGGAGUCGACUCCCGCCACGGGCUGGGACAGCGCGAUCAUCUGGUGGGCGUGCGUCAACGAGGAGGACGGGCUGGAUUUCACCGUGCUGCAAACCAACGAUGGCGGCCGUGAGCUGAAGGCGCUUUGGAAGGGCGCGGACGUGCGGGACUCGGGCCACCUCAAAGAGCUCCUCGUGGCAGAUCCGCACUGGGACAUCAUCCAGCUGCGUGCUGUGGUGCUUGUUCUUGAGCGACUUGAAACGCAGGCUUGGGUGCUCAAGGAGACAGACUUAAUGGUGUCUGAGAUCGACGAUAGUGAAGACAUGCGGGCGAUGUUUAGGCCGGAUAUUUAUAACAUGAUCAAGCGGUUGCGGGUGUUAGAGUUAAACUUGCUGAGUCAAGGAAUCGAGGAUCUGGUGAAGCGGAGGGACGAGCUCAUGUCUAGUCCGUCUGUUACUCAAUAUCUCGGUCAAUCGCAGCCCGAGACUGUCGACGGGGAGGAUCUCUCCAGUCAGCAGCCAUCCGCGGAUAUUGAAGAAGAUUUCUCGUGAGGCGAGGUUCAAAGGCCUUUCUACGCAAUGGAGCAUUACAAUGAAGGCGCUCGGCAAGCAAGCUGCAAGCGUUAAUUUAUGGAC